GGGAAAACUUACAAAUCACUUUGUUAGUAGGUUGGAUCGUGAAAUGAAUAGAAAAAGUAUUUUUGUUUCUCAGGUAAUAUAGAAAAUCUUGAUCUGUUUCGAAAUUUGUUUUGCCCGUGUAUAGAGGGAUAAGAAGCAAAGAAAUCGAUACGCCGCUUCAACAAGGAAUCUGUCGCGGGCGGUGCCAGACUGCGUAGAACAGAACACCCGCGACCUUGCUUUGGAAACAAGCGCCACUGCCUGCUGCCGGAGAAACGAGCGAGACAUUUCAUCCCGGUACCGGGGACAGUGGAUUGGAUGUAUUUUUGAUUUUUUUCCUGCAGAAGCGGCCGGGCAAACUGUUUCAAGGAUCUCUCCUUGCUGCAUCAACCACCCUAGAGGAAGGGUGUUCGCCAUCAAGGAAUGAAAGAGACAUCCCUACAAGUUGCGUCCACCGUCCUCCUUGCGCAUCGCGGAGUACAAUCUUGUUGCAAACCACAGUGAAAUUAAAAAAAUCCACCCGCUCUUCCCUGCUUCGGCUUUUUUUUUGUUUAGAUCUCCAGCUCCCUUUGAUGAGUUUAAACGUGCACAGGGCGAGCCCCAUCCCAAUCCUCCGCAAUGGCAGAUGGAGACCGAAGCGACUGGAGGCCGAAGAGCCGGCUCCUAAGUGCCCGCGGCUGAGCGACUCUUCCCCGGACGCUGCCUACUUCUCCGGCCCGGGAUCCCCCAGCCCGAUUCCAAGCAGCCCCUGCAGCAGCCAGGCGUGGGCUCGGAUAGGAAACUACCUCUUGCUACAAAACCCCGAGAAGGACAAUGUCUUCAGGGCAAUCGGGAGCCACACCGGGAAGGAAUUUGUGUGCAAGGUUUUUGACAUUAGGCAAUACCAGGAUGAAAUCGGACCGUAUCUGCAGAUGUCACUCCACGACAACAUCACUGCGAUCGAGGAAGUAAUCCUCGGGGAACGGCAGUGCUACGUGUUGCUGGAGAGGGGCCAUGGCGAUAUGCACUCGUACAUGCGGAACCGCAAGCGCCUGGGCGAGGAGGAAGCGGCGCGUCUCUUUCACCAGAUCGUCUCGGCGGUGGCCCAUUGCCACGAUUCCGGCAUCGUCCUGCGAGACCUCAAACUCAGGAAAUUCGUCUUUGUUGAUGAGCAGAGGAGCUGGCUGAGGCUGGAAAACUUGGAUGAUGCUCAUAUCCUGAAGGGAAAGGAUGACUCCCUGUCUGAUAAGCAUGGAUGUCCGGCUUACGUAAGCCCAGAGAUACUGAACACGAGUGGAUGUUAUUCUGGGAAGGCAGCGGACAUCUGGAGUCUCGGCAUCAUGCUCUACACCCUCCUGUUGGGACGCUAUCCUUUCCACGAUUCUGACCCCAUUGCCCUUUUCAAUAAGAUCCGGCGCGGGCACUUCUGUAUCCCGGACAGCGUCUCACCCAAAGCCAAGUGUCUGAUCCGUAGCCUGCUGCGGCGUGAGCCCCUGGAGCGACUGACAGCUAGUGAGAUCCUUAUGCACCCUUGGUUCCAGGCCGCCUCUCGGCAAGCCCCUGCUGAUCAGGACUAUCCCACUUCUGACCAGACUGUUCCUAAGCCUGCGACCGACUGACAGGAAGGCUCUGUUGACACCAAAGUGAGGAAUUUCUAUAUCGACAGGAAGAGAGUCAAGACUCUAAGGUUGUCCACCCAAAUCUUUUAUUAUUGAAUGUUGUUCCAUUCACCUAACGUGUAGAACAAACAUCAUCUGAGUGGGCAUUUAACUCUCUGUGUGCAACUUACCACAACAGCAGUUGUUUAGUUGGAUCCCAAUGUAACGCCAGUGUAUAUUAGAAUAAACAGGCAGCAUUUGCGGGGAGAGGAACUGAGAUACCCUUUUAACUCUAACUUUUGUUAGAACUCUUUUGGAAUCCUUGGUGCAGUUGAAAUUCAUAUCCUCAUAUCAAUUCCUAAACUAUUUAUUCAUUUAAAGAUAUAUUUAAAAGGCAACCAAUACAGGCAUUUAACUUAUUACCUGUUCAACAUUGAAAAGGCUGUGAAUUUCAUUAAUUUGUAUGUGAUUGUUUUUUGUAAUAUGUCCUUUCUCUCCUCUGUGGACUGGCCUGCUAUUUGGGAAGACUGGUGGAUUCAUUCAUGGCUGUUUUCUAAGAGUCAGGCUGUUGAAGGGAUUUCAUAAGAGUUCAGAGCGGUGCCAGCUCUUUUUAACCUGCAUGGGCCAUUCUGUCCCAGUGACAACGCUGAAACUUGGUGGGCCAUCCGGGAGUACGUGCCAACCCACUGAGGGCAUUGAAGCUUGGCAAUGUGAACUAGUACCCUUAGGGUGCUCUUAAGCUAUGCACUGUACAGUGACCAAUUUGAUAUCAUGUGAACCUUCUGAUAAAUGGAAGUUAGUUAUUUAAAUGUCGUAAAAAUAGGGAUCAGCUGAUGUAUUUAUGGGUAUGUGGUCCUGAACUGAGACAGCUGCUUCUGUUGGUAGGUAGGUGACUAUAAAUGUCCUCAGGUAUUGAUGGGUGGGAGCUGACGAGUGUGUGAGGGAGAAUUGAUCACAGGGAGGUAAGGCACCAAUGAGGGGAGUGAGCAUAAACUCCAUUUGAUUGGCCUCACAAAGUGGAAAGCUUUGGAACAAGGGCUGGGACUCUUCCAGAUGCUGAGGACCAAAUAAGCUGACCUUGCUGAGAAGUUUCCCGUGAGUUGGAAAGGUAUCAAGUAAUCUGCUGAUACUUUACCCCUGGGCAUUCAAAAACCAUAGAAAGAUUUGCAAAAUUAAAAAUAUCAAAAUAUACUUAAUUAAAAACAUCUUAGUAUACUAGCAAGUAUUUAUGAACUUUAAUACUUCACUACAAACCACAUUUGGAACUUCUCUCCAGCACGACAGCCACUGGGCUCAAUGGCAUCUUGAAUAGGAAGUGUGAGGUCAGAUGUGCCAGCGUCUGACUUCCUGCCUUUAGUCAGGCAGAUGUGGUGGGCUGAGGCGAAAUGAGCCCAGAAAUGCUGAUAGAACCUCCCAGUACUUGUGCUUUCUUUUAUGUAGUCAUUUAGCCCUGUUCAUUCUAUGACUGACUGCAUUAACCAUCACAUUACAUGUAAGUUUGAUAUAACGCAGUCAAUGAAUCGUCCCUCUUUUUAGUAAAACAUUCUUCCUAUCAGCUUCCGAUAAUGGCACAACCCUAUAAUUCCUCCUUCUCAUCAUGUACCACAAAUAGUGUUGCUGCUCAAGAUGAUUUUGGAGUAACCUGAAAUUUACCAUUUUGACAACUGGUCAAUCUCAAAUGGUAAUAUUGACCAAUAGGAUUAAACAGUUGCUGCGUGUGUACAUAUAAAGCAUGUUCAAUCUUUUCAGGUAGUGUACACAAGUGCUUGGAGUUCUUGAACAAUUGUGGCAUAGUUACAUAAUGCACUCCGAGUUUUCGAUAUUGUUAAAUUCAGGGUAUGGAAACUUUCAAGAAGCAAAUAGGAAAACCCUUCAACUUUACUAGCCCUUUUUGAUGUAGAACAUCUACUUUGAAUUAAUAUGGUGAUGCUGUUUUAAGAUACAGCCAGUCUUUAAAAGAAGGUAUAAGUGAAAGAGAUCUGUACCAUUCUUCAAGUGUAAACAUUAAUUUUGACAUGAAUGAAGCAAAUAAUUUUGAGAAGAGUCAAAAUACUUCAUUGUCGCUUGGCUUUUUGAUCUUGACUGUUUCAGAAUGUGAUAUGGAUACCAUGAGAAUACAUUAGUCAUUGUGAAGUAUUUGCCCGAUUUUGCCCUCUCCCUAGUUUCCUUGCAGAACUUAAAAGAGGACCUUUAAGAGCAAAUUUGUGGAAGGGUACAUAUGUUAAUACAGUUACAAAACCUUAUAGGACAAUUUACAUUAAAAAGCACUGAUGUUACUCCUGCACUCAUUACUUGAGAACCUCUUGAGAGCUUAGGCAAACUGUAAACAUAUCUCAGCUUUUAGUUUUUUUAUCAUUGUGAAACAUCACUUAAGACGAUUGUGUUGAACUUUAAAAUGUUAUACAGAUAUCCAUACACUCUCUCACUUGAUGACCAUGAUCAAUUUUUGCUUUGUCCCUUUUGUUGUGUUCGUAAUCUCAAAGAUUGUUUUUCUUCAAUCUGUUAAAGAGCUCGUUAACUAGCUCUUCAAUAAAGUCAUCACAUGUAGGGGUGAAACCAAAGCAGCAAGAUCAGGCUAGAGUUGAAUGUUGCAACCUUCAUUAACUGCUGUGUAUAUUUUGUUUAUACCUCAUGUACAGUGUCCAUAUAAUUGGUGUCUUGUCAUUUCUGUUCCAUAUUGUUAGAAAAUAUUGUGCUGAUGUGUGCAAAGCAACUGUGUCAAUGUGAGUCCUUGCAAGCAAUACUUGUCAGAUAAUAAUCAUGAGGUUAGUUUAACGGACAUUGAAAUAUUUCUAUUUCUCUGGUGUGCUCAUGGUUACAGCUUAUCGUAUCUAUGAUACAGCUUUGAAAAAUAUUACUACUGGCAAAUACGAAACAAUACUGGCAGUGAUGUCCUCCUGAUGAAUACUAGACACUAUUUUAGAAAUGUAAACUAUGUAAAUAUGUACAAUUCUCAAAGAACAGUAAUAAAGUCAAAAAUACCUGAAUAAA